CUGAUCCUCUGAACCCCAUCUUCAAUUCCUAAAUCUUUACACAACCGGAAAAAGAGCUGGAGCCGAGACGAUCAAGCAUGGAUGUGCCGCGGAUGGCUGAAGGCCUCUUCAGCAGCACGCUGUCCUCGUCAGGCGGCGGACAUCACGUGUCCUCCUACCUGACGCUGGAGCAGAAGGCGGCCUUCAUCUUCGUGCUGCUGCUCUUCAUCUUCCUGGCUCUGCUCAUCGUGCGCUGCUUCCGCAUCCUGCUGGACCCGUACCGCAGCAUGCCCUCGUCCAACUGGACUGACCACACCGAGAAGGACACGUUCGAUUACCGCAUCGUCUAACAAGUGCGCAGUAUAUAUAUAUUAGAAACAAAUAAAAUAAAAGACUGAACAAAUGACUGCUAAUUCACCAGGAUAAACGACACCCAUCACCGGAGACUUUGGCUGAAAAGAUGGUGGAUUGACGUUGAGCGCUAACAAACAGCUUCUCCCUGCCAAAUCAGAAAAUUCUCCACCACAAGAAGACAACCAAGGAUUAUGCUACGAAUUAUCGAUCAAACCUUCAGUCCAGGCGAUGCACCGGAGCAAGUAGCGGUCACUUCCUUCCCCUGGCAUCAGCUCUCCUGUGGACUACCUCUUCCUCCUCCAUCUUGGCGCUUGGAAGGCUUUCCGCACAUCUCACACAGGGUCAAAUAUCUUUUGAGGUCCAAGCCAGUUGAAGAGUGUUUACAUCUUAUCAUGUUUACGUCCUUUAGAUUUGAUAAUGUAGACAAUCAGUGUUUCAAAUAGUUGGUGAGAAAAACAAGCUAAUCGCUGAGGUCUGUUAGUUUUAGAGUAUUUUAUUUCGUGGACGGACACGGGCGGUCCGAAAGACUUUGUACGACUGAUAUUAUUCAAGCGAAGAGGAAUUUAUUGCCUUGUGUCUUAGUAAGAUAUUCUGUGCUGGUUGUUACCUUCUAGACAGCGAGGAGGACAGGUUGGUAUCAACGUCUUAAAGCAGGUUAAAUAAUCACAAAGAAGGAAACUGUGUGGAAAAGUUCUCCCUUUAAUGUCAAAGGUUUGGACAGAUACUUGUUCAGUGUGUGCGAUAAAACAAACAAAUUGUCCUUUAAAAUCGUGCGGGACUCUUCGGUGUCCCCGUCUUUUAUAUGUCAACAACCAAAAGAGGUAUUGAGGAAAACAACGUUUACUGUGCCGUACCGUGUGCCUAAUUUGAAACAACAUGGAUGUUUUAGGAAAGAGAAUGAAAAUGGGUUAUUGUCCUUUUAAUGUCUUUUCUUUGGUUUAGUGCCCAUUUCACGAAACCUAAAGAGCAUUUCACUGCCUGAGGUAUAUUGACAGUUGGUAUGCCAGAUCUGCCGAGAUUUGAUGGUGAAGAUGACGAUGCAUUUUCACGUCAAACCCUUUAAGAAGUGACGCUGAGGCUCUUUCGUUGGGCAAUUUUUCAACUGUGCGCCUUAUAGUGUAGAUUGUUUACAGUAUCGUAGGUGGCGGAGAUGCUGGAGUCAGCCAAUCACUGAUGCGACUGUGUCUUUGCACUUCACGGAGAUGUCAUACAACCCGCUCAAAAAUAAGAAAAAAUAAACCAGCCCUGCUCUGUCGCUCCAGUCGGGACAGGAAGUGAAUUCUGACCCUUUGAUGUUCUUGUGAUCUGCUGUGGCCUUUUCCUACCUGUCGCAGAUGUGAUGGGAUAUUGUGCUGAGGUGAUGUGCCCCCUCCCCUGCAUGUGUUUCUCGCUCUCUCCGUGCAUGAUAAAUGGUGAAGUGCUUUAAUCCUGAUGUUGUAGCUGUGGGUCAGUUUGCUCAAGCAGCUAUUUCUUCUCGUCUGUAUACUGCAGCCUUUUUCUUUCGAUCUGGUUUUUUCGCCCGGAGCCACCGUUUCCUUUUUUCUAAUAAAAAUGAUCAGAGUUCA